GUUCGUUUCUGCAAGCGCUCUUCACCGUCGUCGCUAUUCAAUGGAGCAAUAGAGGCUUCGUCAUGACUUUUGUCUGCCUGAUUUUUGCUGCUGCUGCUUUUCCGUUUUCGGCCAACAGCGUCAACCAGCUGGACAUCGCAGGAUCUUAUGCAAGCAUCAUUAUGGGUCUAUCGAACUCGAUCGCCACCUUACCCGGCAUGAUCAGUCCUCCAAUCGUCGGCGCUAUCGUACAGGAA